AUGCCUCCUCGUGGUCGACGGCGACUCUCAAACCUUGCAAUGUUUCUCUCACUACUCUUCCUCUUCACCUCUACAGCUUCUGCAGCUUCGGCUGUUCUGGGCAUAGAUAUAGGGACCGAAUACAUCAAAGCCGCCCUAGUCAAGCCGGGGAUCCCCCUUGAGAUUGUUCUGACGAAAGAUUCGAAAAGAAAGGAGACCGCAGCUGUUGCUUUCAAGCCCCUGAGAACCAGGGUAUCUACGGCCGAACCUGACGCGUUCCCAGAACGGAUAUACGGCGGUGAUGCCGUGGCUCUUUCCGCUAGAUUUCCCAGCGACGUCUAUCCAAAUCUUAAGCCACUCCUGGGCUUGAAAACCAGCGACGACCUUAUCUCGGAAUAUGGCGGGACCUUUCCAGGAUUGGAAAUUGUCGAGUGGGCCGAGACAGGUACUGUGGGAUUCAAGAGCGACUCGUUUGUCAAGGAGGAGGAACCUUGGCUAGUCGAGGAACUCCUAGCGAUGGAGCUGAAGAACAUCAAGGGCAACGCUGAGACCAUGGCCGGUAAAGGGUCAGCAAUACAGGAUGUUGUGAUCACUGUUCCCUCGUUUUAUACAGUGGAAGAGCGAAAGGCAGUCAUCUUGGCAGCAGAUCUUGCAGGUUUACGGGUGCUGUCGUUAAUCAGCGAUGGUCUUUCUGUUGGCCUGAAUUACGCGACCUCAAGAACCUUCCCAACGGUCAACGAAGGUGGCAAGCCCGAAAUACACUUGGUAUAUGAUAUGGGUGCGGGUUCUACAACUGCCACCGUCCUCAGAUUCCAAGGAAGGACUGUGAAGGACGUUGGCAAAUACAAUAAAACGAUACAAGAAGUCCAGGUACUCGGCACAAGCUGGGACAAGACUUUGGGUGGAGAUGCGCUCAACCGCGUCAUCUUGGAGGAUAUGAUCAACAAAAUUACAUCUACGGCCCAUAUGAAGAAUCUGGAGGUACUGCCGAAGCACGUGAGAGCCCAUGGCCGGACAAUGGCGAAACUGUGGAAAGAAGCGGAGAGGGUCCGACAAGUAUUGAGUGCAAACACUGAGAUAUCCACAAGUCUUGAGUCAUUGUAUGAUGAAGACUUUAACUUCAAGUAUAAGCUGUCUCGCGCCGAUUUCGACCAACUUGCUUCUGCAUAUCCAGAGCGAGUUCAGAAGCCUAUUACAGAAGCUUUGGGAAUUGCAAAAUUAUCCCUUGCCGACUUAGAAUCCGUCAUCCUGCACGGAGGCGCUGUUCGGACACCCUUCGUCCAGAAGCAAUUGGAAGCGGUCAUUGAAGAUUCUAACAAGAUUAGAACAAACGUGAACGCAGAUGAGGCUGCAGUUUUUGGAGCAGCAUUCAAGGCUGCGGCCAUCAGUCCUAGCUUCCGAGUGAAAGAGAUCAGAGCUUCAGACAGCGCAGUGUACCCUAUUUUCGCCUCUUGGUCGAUAGAUGGAAAGGAAAAGCAGCAAAAGCUUUUCGUACCGACGUCGCAAGUUGGCUCUGAGAAACAAGUCUCAGUCAAGGCCACGGCAGACUUCUCCUUUACUCUGUCUCAGCAGGCCUCAUCUGACUCUUCUGAUCUUCAAAUUUCAGUUAUCAAGACCGGGAAUUUGACAGACUCUGUCAAACAACUGACCAAUAAGUUUAGUUGUUCACUGAGUGACGUCAGCACCAAGUUCGCGAUUCGAUUGAGUCCUGUUGAUGGACUCCCCGAAGUCAUCAGUGGAUCCGUCAGCUGCGAGGUUACAGAGACAGAGACCAAGAAAGGAGGAGUGGUCGAUGGCAUGAAGGACUUUCUGGGUUUCGGGUCAAGGAAGGGGGACCAGGAGCCGCUUAAAGAAGACGAUAAUGCCGAAUCCUCAACAUCAACGUUAGAGCCCGAGACGUCUACCGCUUUGUCGCCUACAAAGACUGACACGGCUGGCUUUGUAGUGGACGAAAGUGUUAAAGAAGAAAAGCCCAGAGAGUUGAAGAAGAAGACGCAGACAAUCGCCGUUGGUUUCUCAACCGAGUCAAUUGAAUCACAAGGAGUCCAGCCCGACAGUCAGAAGCGUAUGAAAGCUCGGCUGUUUGCCUUCGAUAAAUCAGACCGCUCUCGCGUCUUGCGCGAGGAAACCCUGAACAAUCUUGAGGGGUACACUUACAAGAUCAGAGAUAUUCUAGAGGACGAGGGUUUCGUUGCUGCGUCGACGGAAGAGCAGAGGGAUGGAAUUGAAGAAAAAUCAAAUGAUGCGAGCAUAUGGCUGUAUGGUGAUGGCGCGGACGCUAACCGAGAAUCGCUAAAAGCAAGGUUGGACGACCUCCGUGGGCUUGUUGCUCCCAUUCAAAAACGGAAAGACGAGGCAAACAAACGCCCAUCAGAAAUCCAGAGACUGGAGGAUGCACUGGCGCAAGCAAAUACCAUGGUCACUGUGGUCAAGCAGCAAAGAGAAGCCCAGGUCCUGGCGGAAUCUAAGGCCGCUUCAAACGCGGAUGAGGCAAAAUCGCAGACCACUACGGCGCCCAGCACGUCUACUGAUGACUUCGCGGACCUAGACGACGAGACUGCCACGGCCUCAUCCUCCAUCAUGUCGGCAGCUCCUCAUCUUCCUGCGUCGAUGUACAGCGAAGAGGACAUUAAUGCUAUUCUCCAGACAGAGGAUAAUGUCAAGAGGUGGCUUGAUGAGAAGCUGGCCGAGCAGGAAAAGCUCUCGCCAACAGAUGACCCUGUCUUACUGUCGUCAGAGCUAUCUGCAAAGUCGAAAGAACUCAACGACGUGGUAAUGAGUCUUUUGACCAAACAAAUGAAAACCCCGCCAAAGCCGAAGAAAUCGAAGUCCAAGUCAAAGACUACGAAGACCAGCUCUACGAAGGCGACCGAUACAGACACUAGCGCUGUGGAGUCUGGAGCAGCUGCCAAGGAGACGACAGGACCGGCGGGUGAACUGGAUGAUGAAAUGGAAGGCUUGCAUCAGGCGACGCCGGAGGAGAUCGAAGAGGCUAUGGCAGAACAGAAGUCUAACGCAGAGAGGAAGACGAAAAAGAAAGAGAAGGCCAAAGCCAGUGGGAAGGGUAAGGGGAAAGGGAAGUCAAAGGGCAAUGAUGGGGGGAAGGUGGAAGAGCAUGGAGAACUGUAA